AAUGAUUCCAUAGCGUAUGGCAUUUUACUUACAAUAGCUUCGGCCGUAAUGUUUAUAUCGGGCAUAUUCUCUGUAGAUAUUUUCAAUUUGGUCGCUUUAAGGCAAGUGACCCGUAUGCGCAUCAAUCUCUUUCAAGCGGUAAUGAGACAAGAUAUAGGAUGGCACGAUUUGGCAACGAAACAAAACUUUGCCCAAAAUAUGACAGAUGAUGUGGAAAAGAUUCGCGAUGGUAUUUCAGAAAAAGUGGGUCAUUUUAUUUAUCUGGUAAUAGGUUUUUUGAUCACAGUGGCGAUUUCUUUCGCCUAUGGUUGGAAGUUGACUUUGGCCGUUAGUGUUUAUAUACCCAUAGUUAUUGUUCUUAAUAUAGUGGUGGCCAGGUUCCAAAGUAAACUAACUACCAAAGAGCAAGAGUCUUAUGGUAAUGCUGGUAACUUGGUAGAGGAAGUCUUAAAUGCCUUACGUACUGUAGUGUCCUUCGGUGGCGAGAAGAAAGAAUCCGAACGUUAUGAUAAUUUUCUAGUACCGGCACGUAAAGCCAGUCAGCGUAAAGGCGCCUUUUCGGGUCUAAGUGAUGGGGUUUUAAAAAGUAUGCUGUUUCUCUCCUGUGCCGGAGCAUUUUGGUAUGGAGUAAAUUUGAUCAUCAAUGAUCGUGAUAAAGAGGAAAAGGAAUAUACUCCGGCUAUAUUGAUGAUUGCCUUCUUUGGCAUUAUUAUUGGUGCUGAUAAUAUAGCUAGAACUACUCCCUUCCUGGAAUCCUUUGCCAUGGCUCGUGGCUGUGCUUCGACUAUUUUUAAAGUUAUUGAUUCACAAUCUAAAAUAGAUCCCAUGUCAACUGAUGGCAAAAUUUUAAAUUAUGGUUUGAGAGGCGAUGUUGAAUUUUCUGAUGUUUUCUUUAGAUAUCCAUCACGUCCUGAUAUUAUUGUUCAUCGUGGUUUAAAUAUCAAAAUUAGGGCGGGUACUACGGUGGCUUUGGUGGGCAGCUCGGGUUGUGGCAAAUCUACUUGUAUACAAUUGUUACAGCGUUUCUAUGAUCCUGUCUUUGGUUCUGUUUUACUGGAUGAUUUGGAUAUACGUAAAUAUAAUAUACAAUGGUUGCGUUCCAAUAUGGCUAUUGUAGGUCAAGAGCCGGUUUUGUUUUUGGGUACUAUAGCUGAGAAUAUUAGUUAUGGCAAACCUAAAGCUACACAAAAGGAAAUUGAGGCAGCCGCCAAAGCUGCUGGAGCUCAUGAAUUUAUAUCCAAUUUACCAGAUAGUUAUAAAACCACCAUUGGUGAAAGAGGUUCUCAAUUAUCGGGAGGACAAAAACAACGUAUUGCUAUUGCCCGUGCCCUAAUACAAAACCCCAAAAUCUUACUCUUGGAUGAGGCCACCUCUGCUUUGGAUUAUCAAUCGGAAAAAUUGGUACAGGAAGCUUUAGAUUUUGCCUCCAAAGGCAGAACUACAAUAGUUGUCUCACACAGACUUUCGGCCAUAAGAGGUGCUGAUAAGAUUGUUUUCAUACACGAAGGCAAAGUGCUAGAAGAAGGUUCCCAUGACGAUCUCAUGGCUUUGGAAGGAGCUUACUAUAAUAUGGUUAAAGCAGGAGAAAUAAAUGUGCCAGAACCUGAAAAUAUGGAAGAUAUAGAUGAAGCGAAAAGAAAUAGUCUAGCCAUUUAUGAAAAAUCUUUCGAAACAAAUCCCAUUAAUUUGGAAAAGAAUCAAAAGAAUAGCAUACACUUGGAUGAAAGUGAAAUCAUCAAAAAACUUCAAGUGCCUGAGGAAACGAAUAAAAAGUCCGAGGCUAAACCCAAUUUCUUUAAAACCUUUGGUCGCAUUUUAAAAUUAGCUCGCCCAGAAGCUUGCUUUAUUGUUAUGGGAGCUAUUUGUGCCAUAGGUUUUGGUUUUACCUAUCCUGCUUUUUCGGUGGCUUUUGGCGAGUUCUAUGCGGCUUUGGCGGAAAGUGAAGCUCAGGUGGCAAUUGAUCGUACGGCUGUUCUAUCCAUUUGUUGUUUGGUUUUGGGUGUUUUAACGGGUUUAGCCUGUUUCCUGCAAACUUAUCUCUUUAACUAUGCUGGUGUCUGGUUAACGACAAGAGUAAGAUCCAUGACCUUUAAGGCUAUUAUGAGACAAGAAAUUGGUUGGUUUGAUGAGGAUAUAAACUCAGUGGGUGCUUUAUCGGCUCGCUUAUCCGGAGAUGCGGCUGGAGUGCAGGGUGCCAUAGGUUAUCCCUUAAGUGGUUUAAUACAGGCGUUCUCCAAUUUUGUUAUAGGUUUAACUUUAUCCUUCUAUUAUUCCUGGAAAUUGGCUUUAUUGUGUAUGAGUACUUGUCCCAUUAUAGUGGGUUCGGUUAUAUUUGAAGCCAAAUUUAUGACCACCUCCAUGAUGCGUGAGAAAGUGGUAUUGGAAGAGGCUUGUCGCAUAGCUACCGAAGCCAUUGCCAAUGUUAGAACCAUAGCUGGUCUGAGAAGGGAGCAACAAGUUAUAGACAAAUACAAUAAAGAAAUACACAAAGUUGAAGUUUUAAUAAGACAAAAACUCAAAUAUCGCGGUUUGAUAAAUUCCUCGGGUCAAGCUUUUCUAUUUUUCGCCUAUGCUGUAGCUUUAUGUUAUGGUGGUGUUUUAGUUUCGGAGGGCAAAGUACCUUUCCAGGAUAUUAUUAAGGUUUCGGAGGUCUUAUUAUACGGCUCCAUGAUGUUGGCCCAAUCUUUAGCUUUUGCUCCAGCCUUCACUGCCGCUUUAGUGGCUGGUCACCGAUUAUUCCAAAUUUUAGAUCGUAAACCCAAAAUCACCAAUUCAGCUUUACCGGCCAAAAAUACCUUUGCUAAACAGUUAAAUCUUUUUGAAGGCGUGCGCUUUAAUGACAUCGAAUUCCAUUAUCCCACCAGACCGGAUGUUAAGAUUUUAAAUGGUUUAAAUUUGGAAGUCUUGCAUGGUAAGACCGUGGCUUUGGUGGGUCAUUCAGGCUGCGGCAAAUCUACUUGCAUACAAUUGCUGCAACGUUAUUAUGAUCCGGAUAAUGGCACUAUACAUAUUAACAACGAUGAUGUGAAAACCGAUUUGACUUUGGAUAACCUGCGCAGUAAACUAGGUAUAGUAUCUCAAGAACCCUCCUUAUUCGAACGUACCAUCGCUGAAAAUAUAGCCUAUGGUGAUAAUUCCCGUGAUGUUAGUAUGGCGGAAAUUAUAGCAGCCGCUAAAAGUGCCAAUGCUCACUCUUUCAUUAUGGGUCUUCCUAAUGGUUAUGACACUAAAAUGGGUGCUCGUGGUACACAACUAUCGGGUGGUCAAAAACAACGUAUUGCCAUAGCACGAGCUUUAGUGCGGAAUCCGAAAGUUUUACUAUUAGAUGAAGCCACUUCAGCCUUAGAUUUACAAAGUGAGCAGUUAGUACAACAAGCUUUAGAUGUCGCCUGCUCCGGUCGUACUUGCAUAGUUAUAGCUCAUCGUUUAUCGACUGUACAAAAUGCUGAUUUAAUAUGCGUGGUUCAAAAUGGUCGCAUUGUCGAGCAGGGUACACAUCAUCAAUUGAUGGCAAAGGAUGGAAUUUAUGCCAAAUUACAUAAGACUCAAAAAGAACAUUAAAAGUAGUGAAACAGCCAUUUAGAUUAAUUAAUAAAAAAAUUUUAAUAUUAUAUUUUAACAAAAUACAAGACUAAAUAUUAAGUGCACUUUAAGUUUUGCAAAUAAAAUAACAAGAAAAACGA